AUGGCCUCUCAGAUCACCCCAUCCAAGCAGGCCGCUUCUGCCAUCGAGUCACUCAAGAUGGAGUCUCCCAUCAAGAAGCUGGAUUUCACCACCACCACCAACAAGGAGAACCAGCCUUUCGAUGAAGCCGCCGUGUCCGCCCUGGCCGACCAAGUCGAUGCCAGCCCCAAGUCCGCCCCUGAGGAGAGCAAAUUGGCCACCAAAGAGGAGAAGCCUGCUGCUUCUGCACUCAAGCCUGAGGAGGCCGACGAGCCCCUCUUGCAAGAAAAUCCUCAGCGAUUUGUCCUGUUCCCAAUCAAGUAUCACGAGAUCUGGCAAAUGUACAAAAAGGCCGAGGCAUCCUUUUGGACGGCCGAAGAGAUUGAUCUCUCCAAGGACAUGCAUGACUGGAACAACCGCCUGAAUGAUGACGAGAAAUACUUUGUCUCCCAUAUCCUGGCUUUCUUCGCCGCCUCUGAUGGCAUCGUCAACGAGAACCUCGUCGAACGGUUCAGUGGCGAGGUCCAGAUUCCCGAGGCUCGCUGCUUCUACGGUUUCCAGAUCAUGAUGGAGAAUAUCCAUUCCGAGACGUACUCUCUCCUGAUUGAUACCUACAUCAAGGAGCAUGCUCAGAGGACCUACCUUUUCAACGCCAUUGAAACCAUUCCUUGCAUUCGCAAGAAGGCUGAUUGGGCCCUCCGAUGGAUCCAGGACAAGGAUUCAUCUUUUGCUCAGCGUCUGGUGGCCUUUGCUGCGGUCGAGGGCAUUUUCUUCAGCGGAGCAUUUGCAUCCAUCUUCUGGCUCAAGAAGCGUGGUCUCAUGCCUGGCCUGACCUUUUCCAACGAGCUCAUCUCCCGCGAUGAGGGUCUGCACACCGACUUUGCCUGCCUCUUGCACUCUCACAUGAAGCACCGUGCCAGCAAAGAGGUCAUCCAGGGCAUCAUCACGGACGCCGUUACCAUUGAACAGGAGUUUUUGACUGAGGCUCUGCCAUGUGCCCUGCUUGGCAUGAACGCCACUUUGAUGAAGCAGUACAUUGAGUUUGUCGCCGACCGCCUCCUUGUGGCCCUUGGCAACGAGAAGGUGUACAAGUCAUCUAACCCCUUUGACUUCAUGGAAAACAUCUCUCUGGGUGGCAAGACCAACUUCUUCGAGAAGCGGGUGGGCGACUACCAAAAGGCCGGUGUCUUGGCCAGCGCCAAGAAGAACGGCGAUGAGGGCUCCACUCCUGGCGGGGAAAAGACCGAGGGCGGCGACUUUUCCUUUGACGACGACUUUUGA